AUUUAGGCCACUCCCUCUCAAACAGGAAGUGAAAUGUGGAACCGUAACUGAAGUACAGAAGAAAGAUCUUACAUCUGGAGCCUCUAGGUCAUUUGAAGCUCACAGAGGCCUCCACUGCUGCCAAAAAAGGACUGCUGGGUAAUGGCUGCUCUCAGGGUUUUCCUCACUCUGGCUGUCUGUCUCCUGUUUGGUCAUCAAACGUUUGCCAGAAACGACGCUCCCUGCCAGCUCUCUAAAUGGAAUAACGGCUUCAACACCUUUGUCAAACGCCACAUUCGCUCUGGUAUUCCUAAUUCUCUGGACCAGAAUGAAUGGCACAACUACAUCAAGAAUAACGGCGGCUGUGACAGACCCACCCAGUCCUUCCUCCACGCAAGCGAACUGGACAGGGUGAAGGCCGUCUGCACUAACAAGGGGGGAAAGGUGUACAAGGACAACCUGUGCAUCAGCGAGCGGCCUUUCACUUUUGUAACGGUGAGGAGUUAUCAGGGAACAUGUGGGAUCAAGAGCGUCCAAGAAGAAACCAAACACCUGAUCCUGGCCUGUGAGGAACUCAGCAAUCAGUGUCUGCCAGUCCAUUUUGAGGGAAACCCUGAAAAUGUAAAGCCAAAUAACAACGCCAGAGGCUGUCAGGACCCGGAAAUUCAUGCCAAUGCUCCCAGCUUCAAAGCCAUGACGUGGCUCGGGGUUUUAUCAAUUCUUCUUGUUUUUAUUUAUGGCUAUCAGAAUUAAUUUGAGGAACUGGAUGGGACGAUAAUUCUCA